GCCCGGCCGAGGGGCGGGGCCCGGCGGCGGGGGAGGCUGUUUAAAGUGGCGCUUGCGGGAUGGCGGAGCCGGCGGACUAUCCUCCGUUCCAGCUGGGAAAGCCCCGCUUCGAGCAGACUUCAUUUUAUGGCAGAUUCAGGCACUUCUUGGACAUCAUCGACCCCCGCACUCUCUUUGUGACUGAGAGCCGCCUGAAGGAAGCGGUGCAGCUGCUGGAGGAUUACAAACACGGGACUCUUCCCCCGGGAGUCACCAACAAAGAGCGCUUCCCCGGGACGGUCUCCGAGCCCGUCUCCAGAGUGAAUGCCGCAGCAGUGCCAGCUCCUGCAGCUCUGCCCCUUCCAAGCCUCUCCUGCCCGUCCAAGGGCUCCUGUUCUUCCUCUUGGACGGGAUUUCACUGCUCGGGAGAGUGGCCAUUAACUCAAGGUGGGAAAAAACCCAUUUCUGGGGCCUCAUUAGCGAAGAUGGAGAAUUGA